AAAAAAAAAAACUGAGAAUAUUCAGAUCCAAUCUCUCUUUCUCGGCAAUCCUAUCAGCAUCCUCCGCACCUCAACAAUUUACCUCUCUAUCUAUUUUCGUUCGUGUGGAUCAUUGAUAUCGACGCUUUGCAUCCUUCGUUCCUAGGUUUACCAACAGCCAUUCCUGGCUAGAGUUAGAAAUUGUCUCUUACGACAAGGAGAUCUAAGUUUCAGAGCAAAACAACAUUGAUCAUGUUAUUUGGUUUUAGCAUGCAUUGAAAGUGAUGAAGGGGAAAACUUAUGAAAAAAGUUAAAAGAAGAUAGUAGAGAUGGUAGAGAGCCAAUGUGUAGAAGCCAGUGGCAACGAGGACCAAAUACUGGUCCGCGAAUUGUGUGCAAAUGGAGCUUGCAUGAAAGUAGACGAGGUAGAAGCAAAGCUUGAUGCAGGAAAUAUACAAGAGGCUGAAUCUUCUAUACGGGAGGGGUUAUCUUUAAGUCUUGAGGAAGCUAGAGCCCUCCUUGGGAGGUUGGAGUAUCAGAGAGGGAACAUAGAAGGGGCUCUUGGUGUUUAUGAUGGCAUCGAUCUCCAAGCUGCCACAGAGAGAUUGCAGUCUUUAGCUGACAAUAAUGCUGCCCGUAAAAACCGACCUCGUGAUUCGCCGACGAGUGGCUCACAACAUGCCGCCAGCCUGGUGCUUGAAGCAAUAUACUUGAAGUCCAAGUCCCUACAAAAGCUUGGGCGAUCCUAUGAUGCUGCUCAGGAAUGUAAGAGUGUGCUUGAUGCAACGGAGAAGAUAUUCCAGCAGGGGAUAUCCGAUGUACAGGUAGAUAACAGGUUGCAAGACACGGUGAGUCAGGCAGUAGAGCUGCUCCCCGAGCUCUGGAAGCAAGCUGGUUACUAUCCCGAAGCAAUAUCUGCUUACAGAAGAGCUCUUCUAAGCCAGUGGAAUCUCGAUAACGACUGUUGCGCAAGGAUUCAGAAAGCAUUUGCGGUUUUCCUGCUGCACAGUGGAGUGGAGGCUGCCUCCCCGAGUUUGACAUCUCAGGUUGAAGGUUCUUACGUACCCAAACAUAACCUGGAAGAGGCCGUCUUGCUUUUGCUUAUCCUUGUCAGGAAAUACAGCCUUGGCAAGACGAAAUGGGACCCGUCGGUUAUGGAGCAUCUUAGCUUUGCAUUAUCCAUCUGCAACCAAACUUGUGUCUUAGGGAAGGAGCUUGAAGAGACGCUGCCAGGUGUGCUCCAUCGCGUCGAACGGUGGAACACUCUGGCUCUCUGUUACAGUGGGGCAGGACAGAACAGAGUCGCGUUGAACCUACUGAGAAAGUCUCUCCACAAGCACGAGAGGCCAGACCACGUAGUGGCGUUGUUGCUGGCUGCCAAAAUAUGCAGCGAGGAUUCUCAUCUUGCUGCGGAGGGAGUGGAGUAUGCACAGAGAGCAGCCACUGUGAAAGCACAGGGUGGUGCUGAUGACGACGAGCAGAACCUCAAAGGUGUGGCCGUCCAUGUGUUGGGACUGUGCUUGGCCAAACAAGCUAAAGCUUCUUCGUCUGAUUUCGAACGGUCUCGGUUGCAGGCCGAAGCCUUGAAAUCGUUAGAGGUUGCAGCCUCCUUGGAGCCGAGCAAUCCGGAUCUGGUGUUCGACCUGGGUGUUCAACAUGCAGAGCAACGCAACCUGAGCGUUGCUCUGCGUUAUGCUAAGAAAUACAUUGACGUGACUGGUGGGUCCAUGUCAAAGGGUUGGAGAUUGUUGGCUCUCAUACUAUCUGCUCAGCAGCGAUUCUCGGAGGCUACGGUGGUCACUGAUGCUGCUUUGGAUGAGACCGCAAAAUGGGAGCAAGGACCACUGCUCAGGCUGAAGGCAAAACUCAAAGUUGCACAGUCUCUCCCUUCAGAAGCUAUCGAAACCUACAGUUAUUUGCUUGCGUUGAUCCAAGCACAGAGGAAGUCUUUUGGCCCUGUCAUAAGUGUUUCUCAGGCUGAGGAUGACAAGGUGAACGAAUAUGAAGUCUGGCAUGGUCUAGCCGAUUUGUAUUCUAGGCUUUCUCAGUGGAAAGACGUGGAGGUGUGCCUGGGGAAAGCGAGAGAACUGAAAAAGUACUCUCCGGAGCUGCUUCAAACGGAAGGCAUGAUGCUGGAAGCACGUGGAGAGUUACAGGCCGCCUUGUGCUCUUACGUAUGUGGACACCUGAUGGAGCCAUCUUAUGUCCCUGGAAUCAUACUGGUUGCGGCCCUGCUAUCCAAGAGGGAAUCCGAGGCUUCGAAACCUGUAGCGAGAAGCAUCCUCACUGAUGCACUCCGGCUUGAACCCACGAAUCGGAAGGCCUGGUACUACUUGGGGAUUGUGCAUAGGGAUGAUGGGCGAACAGCUGAUGCUGCUGACUGCUUCCAAGCUGCAUCCAUGCUCGACGAAUCUGACCCCAUUGAGAGUUUCACUUCUAUCUACUGACUGACCGUUUCCUGGCUGGUUGAUGGCUUCAUCAAUCCACCCAACUAUCGACAACUUUCUUCACCAGUGUUAUCUACCCACUUUUGAAGAGCCCAUCACAGUCCUCUGAUUCUGAAUAUGCCCCCUAUUUUUGUGUGGUUUUUGGAGGUGAAUAUGGUUGGGAGAGAGAGAAACUUUCAAGAGGGCUAAAGAGUCAUAUUGAGGAAAAGACCAUGUAUGUAUGAUUAUGAAUAAUAUGUUUGAAAGUAAAAGAGAGUAUAGUAGUGGUGGCGAGUCUUUAUAAUUCUAUAUUCCUGGUUGAGCUUUCAUAAAUGUAUAUUGUGGUUUUUAGCCUAGAAAUAGAGUAAGUGAAGAAAAAAAAGAAAAUUUUCCAUUAAAAGAAAAUUUCAGUCACCGUACCAAAUGUACAUUGUUACUCUCUCACAGC